GCCUCACUGCUAAUUUCCCUGGCAAAUAAGCCAGCAGCUGCUAGUCCACGAACCAAGGUGCCACCAGGAACAGGACACUGUGUCCAUGGGGCAGGAUGCUCUCAUGGAGCCUCUGGGCAGUGCCGGUGGGGCCUUCCAGUGCAAAGUCUACCUCCUUCUCGUAGUGGGCGCUUGCUCGGGGCUGAAGGUGGUGGUGCCAUCACACACCAUCCAUGGCAUCAGGGGUCAGGCCCUCUACCUCCCCGUGCAUUAUGGAUUCCACACGCCAGCCUCAGACAUCCAGAUCAUAUGGCUGUUUGAGAGACACCACACGAUGCCCCAGUACUUGCUGGGCUCUGUGAACAAGUCUGUGGUUCCCGACCUGGAGUACCAACACAAGUUCACCAUGAUGCCACCCAACGCAUCUCUGCGCAUCAACCCGCUGCAGUUCACUGAUGAAGGCAAUUACAUCGUGAAGGUCAACAUUCAAGGCAAUGGAACCCUCUCAGCUAGUCAGAAGAUACAAGUCACCGUUGACGAUCCUGUCACAAAACCAGUGGUGCAGACUCAGCCUUCCUCGGGGGCGGUGGAGUACGUAGGAAACAUGACCCUGACUUGCCUUGUGGAAGGGGGCACCCGGCCAGUCUACCAGUGGCUAAAAAAUGGGAGACCUGUCCAUAGAAGCUCCACCAACUCCUUCUCUCCUCAAAACAACAUCCUUCAUAUUGCUCCAGUGACCAAAGAAGACAUUGGGAAUUACAGCUGCCUGGUGAAGAACCACGUCAGUCAGAUGGAAAGUGACAUCAUCGUGCCCACCAUAUAUUAUGGACCUUAUGGACUUCGAGUUAAUUCUGACAAAGGCCUAAAAGUAGGAGCAGUAUUUACUGUUGACAUUGGAGAAGCCAUCUUGUUUGAUUGCUCUGCCGAUUCCUACCCUCCCAACACCUAUUCCUGGAUCCAGAGGACUGACAAUGUGACCUACGUCAUCAAGCAGGGGCCUCGCCUGGAAGUCGCGUCUGAGAAGGUGGCCCAGAAGACGACGGACUAUGUGUGCUAUGCUUACAACAACGUGACUGGCAGGCAGGAUGAAACUGGUUUCACAGUCAUCAUCACUUCUGUAGGACUGGAGAAGCUUGCACAAAAAGGGCAAUCAUUGCCCCCUCUAGCGAGCAUAACCGGAAUAUCACUCUUUUUGAUUCUAUCCAUGUGUUUUCUUCUCCUAUGGAAAAAAUAUCAACCCUCCAAAGUUAUCAGACAGAAGCUGGAAGGCAGGCCAGAAACAGAAUACAGAAAAGCACGAACAUUUUCAGGCCAUGAAGAUGCUUUGGAUGACUUUGGAAUAUACGAAUUCGUUGCUUUUCCGGAUGCCUCUGGUGUUCCCAGGGUGCCCAAUAGGUCUGUUCCAGCCUCUGAUGGUGCCUUGGGGCAAGAUUUGCACCACACGAUUUAUGAAGUUAUUCAGCAUAUCCCUGCCCAACAGCAAGACCAUCUAGAGUAA